ACAAAGUUUAGUCAUGGUCAUUUGUCGGGUGUUUCAACUUGAAUACAAUUCAAAGGAUUACUGACAAAAUCUGUAUUUUCAGUUAAUAUGAGCCAGUAAACACAUGCGUCAAUUUGAUUAGAAUUUGUUGGUUUUGCUGCAAUAGAAUUUGCUGAAUAUAUAGAAUGGUUGUUAAAGCAAACAAAUGUUUGUUUGGAGAUGACUGGUUUAAAAACUUCUGUGCAUUUCGAAUUCAUCCGAAAAUUUUUCUGAAUAAAAGAAAAUUGACGAGAGAUGCUUUUUGUCUAGAUGUUUUGAAGGAUCUCUACUUAGAUCAUGUUGAAAUUCAAUAUAAGAUUCAUCUUCUGUUAUUACUGCAGGAGCAUUCAAAUCUAUUGAUAAUAGAUUUUAAUUUGUUGGAACAAGUAAUUGGUUCUCUCAUGAAUUUAUGCAACAUUUUAGGAACAAAAUCUGAUAAGCGGCUUUUGAAGAAUCAGGCACUUGUGACAAUCGUGACAAUUCUUUUAUCACAAAAUUUGGAUACUUCUAAGCUGACAGUGAAAGUGAAAUCUUUAUUGUUAGAAAUAAUUUACAGCAAUUCAGAAGAUUCCACUGUCUUAUCUACUGCCUGUAAAUGUCUCGAAGAACUAGAAGAAUUUUCCCCUGGGACUUUGGAAUCAGAAAUGACAAAAAUAUCUUUAACUUGUGAGAAAGAAAUGUCACCAGCAUUUCAGAGUUAUGCAUUGUUACUUAGUGUUUGUCUAAAACACUUUUCUGAAAAAUUACAUUCUAAGAAAAGCUCUUUAGGAAACAAAGAAGAAAUUUCACGUAAGAAGAGUAAUGGUGCUGUUUCUCCGUUUGCUGCUCUUUUAUUUGAACUUCUGCCAUAUAUGUCUCAUGCUGCUACUUAUCGAGUUCUAAGAGACUUAAUAUAUGUUGUACAGCGUACACCAGAACUUUCACCUACGUCUUUCAAACUUUAUCUGCAAAAUCUAAUGUUAUCGUCAGAUGUAUCACUUUUUCACCUUGCUUUUGAUUUGCUGGAUGCUUUUCAUUCAGAUUUAUUUUCGUCUCAAGAUGAAAAAUUCCUUUACAAACAACUAAUAAAACUGUCUACACAUCCAUGCCUUACAUCAUCUCACAGACUGUUGUUUUUAGAUUGGUUGAAGACCUGCAUCAUGAAUAGUAAAAGUGAUUAUUUCUCUUCAUUAUCUCAUUAUCCUGAUCUGAAAAUUCUAUUGCCUUCUCCAUUUGAUGGUCCUCUGACACAAGAGAAAAAGUCAUGUGUUUUGGCACUUUGCAUUCCUCUUAAUACAAAAGAGAAUUUAGCUACUGAUUUUUUAAAUGAGACUGUCAGUGGAUUAAUCAAAUGUUCCUUUCUAUCCGGUGGAACAAAGGCUGCUCCUUCUUUGUUUCGAAUUUUGUUUGUGUAUUUUUCUUCUCAAAAUUCUGAGUUGAUGCAUAAUUCUAUGUAUAGAUUGCUUUCUGGAAUAAUGAAAACUUCUCCUCAUCUUAUGCCUUAUGCUUUGAGCUUCUUACAAGCAGUGAAAAGUGAAUGCCUGGAAAGCAAGUUUCAUGAACGACUUUUGGGCCAUUUAGUUGAGCAUAUUUUAAGCAUCCCAAUGAAACAGUUCUGUAGUAAUUUGCAGUGUUACUUGGCUGUUCUAGAAAAUGCUUCUCAGGAAUGUGCUUCCAUUAGCAGACCAAGAGCUGUCCUUAAACUUUUGCAAAAGUUACUUAAUAAUACAGAAUUAAAUUUAAGAAAUGCAUGGUUAAUUGGAAAUGAUAUGCUUUCUAUUUGCCGUUCCUUUAUGAAGCAUCAUGAUGUGCAGAUAUUUUAUUAUGAUUUGGCUGAAGUAUUAUGUUUAGUGGCACAAAAUAUUGAUGAUGCAGAUGUAAAGGACAGAGCUAAGAUUUAUUACAGUAUGCUUACCUCAUUAUCCAACAUAAAAAUUCAAGCCAUUUUUCAACUACAUUCUUCAGAAAAGGAUGUUACUAGUGCCUUAAGUUCUUUUGUAACUGAGAAUGAUGCUCACCAGUUUGUUUCUAGUAUUCAGAAACUGACACAGCCAAUAUUACAGCUAAUCAGAUAUGAACAAGAUACGGAAAUAUCACUCAAUGAAGAUAACACUUCAGUUUUCACUUUCCCUGAUAUCCUAAAAACAUAUGAAGAUUAUUUACAAAAUCAUGAGCCAGUUGUAAAGUUGCCUUUUAUUUUAAAACAUGUUGAUAAUGUUGAAGAAACAUUUCAAGACUUAUACAGUAUUGUCAUUACUACUCAAUCAUCUCCUCCCACUAAAGAAAUACCUGUUAUUGAACUGCCGGUGCUUAAGAAAGCAAUUUUACCUGGAAACAAAGAAACUGUUGUCUUCCUGUCAAUUGUGCCUGUAGAGCCUUAUCCUCUCACUCUACAUUUUGAAGCUGAAUUCACUUGCAAGAAUGGAUGUAGCUAUACAUGCGAUCUUCCAUCAAUUGACAUAACAUUUGAGGACUUAUUCAUGCCUCUUCUUGUACCUGAGUCUGUUCAAACUUCAGCAAGUUCUUGGAGAAGCAAAUUAUUUGAUGUUUUGUGGGAACAUUUUAAACAACAAAUGAAUUCCAGUGAGAAAAAUAAAAAUUACUGCCAUUCAUCCUUUUGCCUAAAUAUAGACAAGGACAAUUUCCCUUCUGUUAUAGAACAAAAAUGGAAAAGCUUCAUUGUGUCCAAGUCUACUGACUUAAUUUACAGUAUUGCUAUAUAUUUACCUCCCAAGUAUCAUUUAUUGUUAAAAAUUUCUGUUGUAAAUGAUAAAGUGUUUGCUCAUAUAAUGGUAGAUAAAUGUGCCAUCCUUCCUUGGGUAACUUUAUGCCUACAAAAUAUAUAAAAAUCUGUGAUAUGAUCUGUGAUUUGAAACUUUGUAUUGUAUUUUUAAUUGUAUGUAUGAUCAGAUGUAUUAAAGUUAUAAAAAUGUUAAUAAAAUAUUUUUUUAUAAAUUA